AUGUCUAAACCAUACUCGAUGUGGCUCUGUAUUCUCUCUGCCUCACUCUAUUAUUUCUUCUUCACCUGCUUAGCUAUGAGUACUAAAAAAAGCAUCACCACCGAUGAAUUUGCACUUCUUGCAUUCAAAUCCUCUAUCACCUUAGACCCUUUUCAUAUGCUUAGGAAUUGGUCAAUAUCAUCUAAUUCUUCUUCUUUCUCUUCAUGCAAAUGGAUUGGUGUUACUUGUGAUGAACAUCAUGGAAGAGUAAAUGCAUUGAAUCUUAGUCACAUGGGUCUUCAAGGCACCAUUUCACCUCAAUUGGGCAAUCUCUCUUUCCUUCUUGUUCUUGAUCUACAAGCCAAUAGUUUCCACGGUGAGUUACCACCGCAAGAGUUAUUUCAAAUUAAUCUAUCCAAUUUGUCAACUUCAUCAUAUUCCAUUGCAGGAACCAUUCCACAUGUUAUCGGACAACUUCGUCGAUUAAGGAUUUUGGAUAUUCGAGAUAACGUGAAGCUGUCUGGGAUCAUACCAAAAACAAUUUCAAAUAUGUCUUCACUUCAAGAACUCCAUCUAUCAAAUAACUCUUUAACAGGAGAAAUUCCGAAAGGAAUCAGCGAUCUUAUGCAAUUGAGAGUUGUGAACCUUGAAAAUAAUAUCCUCACAGGCAACAUACUAUUUAUGUUCGACAACUCAUCAUCGUUGCAAAAUUUGAAUCUUGGUUUUAAUAAUCUGUCUGGCAAUCUUCCAUCAAAUGUUUGUCAAGGGAUUCCAAACCUUAAAAUACUCUAUCUGUAUGCUAAUGAUCUUUCUGGAAAGAUACCAAAGGUUUGGAGUUAUUGCAAAGAAUUGGAAGAUUUAGAGCUAUCUUAUAAUAAUUUUGACAAAGGACCUUUGUCAGCUGACAUUGGAAACUUGACCAAGCUUCAAUUUUUAUAUCUUUCUAAUAACAACUUGGAGGGUGCAAUUCCAUUAUCUCUCUUCAACAUUUCUUCUUUAAUUCAGAUCAACUUUGAUAUAAACCAUUUAAAUGGAACUCUCCCGCAGGAUAUGUGUCAUCAACUUCCUCAUCUUGAAAUAAUAACUUUACAUGUUAACUAUUUGGAAGGAUUCAUUCCUCGAUCAAUCGGCAAUUGUACAACAUUAACAAGAUUAACUUUACAAGAUAACUUUUUCACAGGUUCAAUACCGAUGGAGAUUGGUCAUCUCAAUCAACUUGAGUAUCUACAAUUUGGAAGCAACAACUUGAGUGGAUCUAUUCCUUUGAAUAUCCUCAACAUUUCAACAAUGGUUAGUUUUCUUCUUCAUCUAAAUUCUCUCUCCGGAAAUCUUCCAUCAAAUAUGGGAUUUGGCCUUUCAAACCUACUACAACUACACUUGUAUGGAAACAAGUUUGUUGGAAAAAUUCCAAGUAGUAUUUCCAAUGCUUCAAGCAUGUAUGAACUUGACUUGAGUGAAAAUGAAUUUAGUGGAGUUGUACCUAGUUCUUUGGGAGAUUUAACAUUCCUUAAGUCACUCUUCUUAGGUGGGAAUAAUUUGACGUUAAUAGAUGAUUCUCAUGAAUUCAACUUCCUUACUUCACUAGCAAGUUGUAGAUAUUUGAAAUACCUUGACAUAUCACAGAAUAGUUUACUAUCAAAACUUCCCAAGUCCAUUGGAAACUUAUCUGUAGAAAACUUUUCGGCAACUUCUUGUGGAAUUAGGGGAAAUAUUCCUCUAGAAAUCGGAAACAUUAGCAAUUUGAUUCGAUUAUCUCUAAGUAGUAAUGAUUUAAAUGGACCAAUCCCUAUAACAAUUAAAGGGUUACAUGAACUUCAAUAUUUAGAUCUCGGCGACAAUGGACUUCGAGGAUCUUUACUUCAUGAGCUUUGUGAAUUUAGGAGUUUGAGUGAGUUGUAUUUAACAAGCAAUAAGUUUUAUGGUGUGUUGCCAACAUGCUUGGGAAACAUGACUUCUCUUAGAAAGUUUCACAUUGGAUCUAACAGGUUAACCUCUACAAUACCUACCUCCUUUUGGAAUCUCAAAGAUAUUUUAGAGGUAAACCUAUCCUCUAAUGCUUUAAUUGGAAAUCUUCCAUUUGAGAUUAGCAAUUUGAGAGCUCUUGUACUAUUAGAUGUAUCGAAAAACCAAAUCUCAAGCAAUAUUCCACCAACCAUAGGUUUGUUGAAUACUUUAGAAACUCUCUCCUUAGCAAAUAACAAAUUGAAAGGGCCUAUCCCAACAUCACUUGGUGAAAUGGUAAAUUUGGGUUUCUUGGACUUGUCUCAAAAUCUUAUAACCGGUGUGAUCCCGAAAUCUUUAGAGUCGCUUUCUCUUCUUAAACACCUUAAUCUGUCAUACAACAGAUUGCAAGGAGAGAUUCCAAAUGGAGGGCCUUUCAAAAACUUCACAGCUCAAUCAUUCAUUCAUAACGAAGCACUUUGUGGCAGUCCUCGCUUAAAAGUAUCUCCAUGUGAAAACCAUAUAAGGAAAAUGUCAAUGACAAAGAAGUUGUUAAUCAUAUGCAUGUCAUCCAUAAUUGUUGUGUUAGGCAUUUUGGUUGUUGCGUGCGUGAUACUUCGAAUGCAUAAAAGGAAAAAGAUUGGAAAUCCAAUUGAAAAGGAUUUAUCAACUUUAGGGGCUCCAAGAAGGAUUUCCUAUUACGAACUUGUGCAAGCAACUAAUGGAUUCAAUGAGAGUAAUUUACUUGGAAAAGGUGGUUUUGGAUCUGUGUAUCAAGGAAUGCUUACUAGUGGAAAGAUGGUAGCAAUUAAAGUACUUGACUUGAACUUGGAAGCAACAUCAAGAAGCUUUGAUGCAGAAUGCAAUGCCAUGCGCAACCUUCGACAUCGAAAUCUUGUUCAAGUUAUCACUAGUUGUUCAAAUCUUGAUUUCAAAUCUAUAGUGAUGGAGUUUAUGACAAAUGGAAGUUUGGAAAAAUGGUUAUACUCAGAAAACUAUUUUUUGGAUUUCUUGCAAAGGUUGAAUAUAAUGAUAGAUGUUGCAUCUGCAUUGGAGUAUCUCCACCAUGGUUCUUCAAUACCAGUGGUUCAUUGUGAUUUGAAGCCUAGUAAUGUGUUACUGGAUGAAGAUAUGGUUGCACAUGUGAGUGAUUUUGGCAUUUCCAAGCUCUUGGAUGAAGAACAUUCUAAAACUCAUACUGAGACUUUAGCUACUCUUGGUUAUGUUGCACCAGAGUAUGGUUCUAAGGGAGUUAUUUCUGUUAAGGGAGAUGUGUAUAGCUAUGGAAUAAUGCUAAUGGAAAUCUUCACAGCAAAGAAGCCAACAAAUGAAAUGUUUGCAGGAGAGUUGAGCUUGAAAACUUGGAUCAGUGAAUCAAUGGCCAAAUCAGUCAUGGAAGUUGUGGAUUUCAAUUUAGUCUCACAACAUGAGAAAGAAAUUCAUGAAGUUUUAGUCUUAGCAUUGAGAUGUUGUGAAGAUUCACCUGAGGCGCGAAUUAAUAUGAUGGAUGUAACUACAUCAUUGAUCAAAAUCAAAAAAGGAAAUCAAUAA